UGAAUAAACAGAUAUGGAUCUGGAUAACGAUCAUUCCUUUGAACCUUAUUUCCGGCUUAUAAAAGUUCAAAAUCAUGUGUAGUGAUUGGAAGAGAAGAAAAAUGUCCAUGAAAGGACGCUGAGGGUAGGACAUAACUCCCCGGAUGGAAAAUUUCCAUUCAUGGGUAGUGUGAGCUUGUAAUAUUAUACGUACGUGAAAAUGUGUGCUCAUCAAGCUAUAAUCCAAAAGAAAAAAACUCAAUAAUUCUGCAAACAGUUUUUGGGUUGUUCCUUUUUUAGAACUGUUACAUGUUGGAAUUAGUAGGAAUAACCACCCGCAUGUAUAAUUGAUUGGAAAGUUUUUGUUUCAUAUGAGUGCGACUGAUGUCUGUGUGCUGAAUCUCCAUUCUGCUCUGGCGAACGAAAACACUCCAGUCUGGUGAGAUCAAGAAAGAACGAGAGUGAGAGUGUGAAAACAGUUUACAUUUUCCAAUAAAACCAAGAGAACUGAACAGUGUGAAUAUAGCAAUACCAAGAAGAGAGAAAAACACCUCAAACGAGAGGAAAACUUUUCGUUCUUUGUGUGUUUAUGCAAUCAAAUUUGAUGUGAAAACAUAGCCAUAAGCUAUCCGAAGACAUUGGCUUUUCUCGGAAUACUCCUAGACUCGUUGUGGGUAAGACAAAGAAAAAGUUUCAAUUAAUACAAAUAGUGUGCGACGGAGACGAGCUAUACAGUGUUUAAAUGCGAUUUUGGAGCAAUUUUUAAAACGUUCACAAUAAGCGGAAUAUGUUAUAACUGAUGGCAUGGACAUAUUUUUCAACAACCCCAAUGUGAAAGAAAUCAACAUAUUUUUCGUAGUUCAUUAUUACUCAGUAGUGGCUUUAUAGAAAAUUUAAUUUUUAUCGACAGAAUCUGAAUUAUUAUUACAAGCCAAUAAUAAUAUUGAACGGAAUAAUUGAAGAAUGUCACAUUAAAUUCACCCCGUCGAUUGAAUAACAUGCGUGAAGCUUUCCCAAGUCUUCCAUUUAAUAGUAACGUUCCAGAAGAAAAAUUGACACCUUCACCAUUAAUAGAUCCGUCAUUAUCUUCAGUUAGUAAAGAAGAACUAAAAAAGGAAGAGCACGAAGUGCCCGAACAGCAAUAUCCAGCAAUAAAUCAAUCGUUUCCUUCAUACACCGGUUCAGCCGUAGAACCCAAUUCAACAUCAUCACGCGAACCGGAAUUAACGAUAAUCAUCACAGAAAAGAUUAUUAUUAACCGUGAGGGUGAAACCAUUAAGGAAACAUUGGUGGACAAAGAUUCCGAAAAGCAUGCUAUAUUUGAUACUGACGGACCACAAAGCCACAUUGGCAAUCUGCCACCAACAGUCAUAUCAACAGCAUCUACAACAACAGCUAGCACAGCAACGGCUAGCUCAGCGACAUUAGCGGUGUCAACCGCGGCGGCAGUACCCAGCGGGCCUGGGGUGAGUGGAACAACCAGUUCUUCGACUGCAGCAGUGACAUUGUCUACGACACCAUCCUUCGGAGAAUUGGAGGAAUUACAGAACAUACUUCAUUUCCCUGAAGAGGUUGCAUUACGGAUAACUGACGCGGAAUAUCAAUUAUUCUACCAGGUAUCCUUGAAUGAUUUUAUUAAUGAUGCAAUACACGAGCUACAGAAGGAAGUGAGAUUAAGUUCUUCAGCCAAUAGUAAUCCUACACCGAAAUCAACAAGCGCCAGCGUCAGCAGUCAUAGUAUAAGUAAUGGUAGCCGGGAGCCGCCACAGACGACAACAUCAUCGGUAACAACCAACGUUACAACUUCAAGUGGGUUUUCAUCAGCCUUGAACGCCAUACGCAAACGCUUCGAUGAGACAAGCGCGUGGACCAACUACUUUAUCUUAUCCCAAGGUACACAAGAUGAACGAAAAGCGGCCUUUGCAUGUCUGUUGCGUGUAGCUAUUUCAUGCUGGAAUAUCGGAAAUUUCAAUGGUGCUAAAGAGAUAGUGGACGGUUUAAAGACACUUAAAAAGGAGUCAUUUUGGACGUCUAUUACCGAUCGAGGAAGAAAUUCAGUGUACGAGUUUCUUGCAAACGUGUUUGACUCAGCAGAAUACAAUAAUGCCGUGUCGAGAGCAUUGGUGAUACCUACAUGUCGUACUAUUCCCUUUUUCAACAAUCAUGUUGAAGAAAUUAAGUGCUUAUUGCGAAAGGCAGAGCAGCCAGAGCAACAAAGUCAAUUCAAUAAACAUACCGAAAAAUAUUACUUGGGAGAUAGUAAUCAAACAUCUGUUCCUGAUGAUGAAGAAAUGUUGCAUCAGUUAUCCCAGGUGAUGCUGCCUUUGAAAUACCCAAUACAGACUUCAACAACAAGCAUUACAGUGGAUGAGUUAACAGAGCCUUUGAUAGCCCCGGAAUCGCUGGACGACCCGGACAUCGAUCCAUUGAUGGAUAAAAUCAUUUCAAGAAUAUCACCAUCUAUUAAUACACUAGCCGCUUUCUUCAACCAUCACGAGCAUCUUUGUCGAGAAUCAUCGCAGAGUUUGCUAGAUUUUCUAAGAGCAGCAUCGAACAGCCCAAGGCAAGUUAAAAUACCUUUGUAUCAGCCUUCUAAUCUGAAAGAGUUGGAAGAGGACUAUGAGGUCGAAAUAGGAAAUUACAAUCCAGUCCAGCCGUUAUCCUUCGACCAUGGAAUCAGUAUAGUUUCGUUGUCUGCGAAGAAUCCGAAUGCUGUGGAUCACCAUAUUCUUCAGAUUCUUCACCACGGAUCAACAGCCGUACUUUGGGAGCCAGACGUACCCGCAGAUAGAUCCACUUACGUGUAUCUACGGCUAGAGCGGUCAUGUUCCCAUAUAUCUUGGCAGCGAACUGCAUGGCGAAAAAACAAAUCGCAGCAUGACUGCAACUUUAAUCAAAAUCCUGAAGAAAGUGUCGCCUGGAGAUUUUCUUCAAGGUAUGCCUCAAAUUACAGUGAUGUGGAGAUGCCGUGCCAAAAUUUAGAAGAAGGGAUCUUGGAUCUAGGCACUGUGAAAGACAUAUCGAUGGGCUCCAGAAAUCACGAGUACGACCCAGACAUUCUAGCAGCGGGGAAAAGAUUCGGUCUGACCCAUGUUGAGUGUUGCGUGUCACUACUGUACGGUAAUUCUGCAAGCGAAAACCGAAUCCUUUGCAUAUUAUGCCCACCAAUGCUAUGUCGAACAUGGUACGUAGGACUUCAUUGGAUGUUACGGGGAUUCCGUCGGCAACAAUGUCUGAUAGAUCGGUCUAUGCUUUGGUUAAAACAGCUCUAUAUACAUUUGUAUUUCGAAGAGGGUUCUUGUAGUGAACCAACAGUAGCUGAUGCUAUAAAAGCCUUCGGAGGCCAACAAUACUUGUCUUCCAUGAAAUGUUUGUCGGGGACGCAUAUAAAUGAUUCCACGGCUGAACUAAUAGCUGCGACCAUUUCUGCUCCAAAUAAAAAAGAUUCCAACAAUAAAAUUCGCAAAAAACGCUCGGUAGCCAAUUUACUCAAUCAAAGCAAUGUUAACAGCCACAGUAGUCCUUCUAUAGAUCAACAUGUUAGUGAAAUGGAGAAAUUGCGCAUCCAUGAGCGGCGGAAAGAUCGAAAUGGUUCCCACGAUCAGCUAUGGCAGAAUAUGAAGAAUUUGCGAAUCGGAUCUAUUACUUAUGAUACUCAGCUAGACUUUCUAAGUUUCGUUUCUCUAUAUAGAUCCUUCAGCAUAUUGACGAGACCUGAUUUACGAGAUAUAUUCAAUCAACUAGCUGUGGUAUCAGUUUGCCGAAAGACAUUGAACGGCGAAAAAAGUAUCAGCGCACCCGAACUUUCGGAAGUGGCAGUCAAAAGAAAAAUCGGUCUUCUAACACGCAACUGUUCGCUUGAUUUGGACCUAUCCGAUGUAAAACACACACGAAAAAAGCACUUCGAUGCUAUUGCUGCUUCCAGUAUAGCUGCCAGCAGCGAUUUCCUGUCGUGCAACAACAAAGUGAUAACGAUAGCUACGUUGAAAAAAUUCCUCGAAACUCGACAGAUGGAAUUGUUAAGCGACGAGGACGUGAAAGCAAUUAUACAACGGCACGAGCCCGAAGCUGCCCACCGCAUCGAAAACUGUAUGAGUUUUGAAGGCUUUGCUCGAUACAUGAUGGAUAAGGAUAACUAUGCCUUUCUCAGUGAGCUGAUGCCUGAGAGCGCUUACAUGAACUUGCCUCUAUCACAGUAUUAUAUCGCAUCGUCUCAUAAUACCUACUUGACUGGGCAUCAACUGAAAGGAGAAAGUUCUGUAGAACUGUACAGCCAAGUGCUGUUAACAGGUGCUAGAUGUGUUGAGCUGGACUGUUGGGACGGUGAUGAUGGCACUCCAGUUAUAUACCAUGGACAUACAUUCACAACCAAGAUCCCCUUUCGAGCAGUUGUAGAAGCUAUAAACAAAUCGGCUUUCGUGCAGUCUGCAUAUCCUGUCAUUCUUUCAAUAGAAAACCACUGUUCUGUAACACAGCAACAAAGAAUGGCUGCUAUUUUUCAAACUAUUUUUGGAGAGAAACUAGUUACAAACUUUUUGUUUGAUCAAGACUAUACAGAUGAACCAUAUCUGCCCACUCCUCUAUCCUUAAAGUAUAAAAUAUUGAUCAAAAACAAAAAACUGAUUGUAGAAGUACCAGCAACACUCUCAGCUGGUUUAACUCGUCAGAAUACGUACAAACAAUCAAAUCUAUCUAGUAGAGCGAGUUCAAUUAUAUCAAACACUAGCAGUAGCUCCGUCAACGAAGAAUUCAGCGACGAUGAAUAUGAGGAUGAUGACGAUAUUGACAAUAUUGAUGAAAAAACAUAUCAUGUAAACUGGGGAUCAAUAGAUGAUAAGUCUAGACAUAGUGUGUCCCACGCGAAUGUAUCUACACCGACAAGGCAACGUAUCGAACAGCAACAAUUACAACAGCACCAACAGUUAGUUCAAUCACAGCAACAACAUCAUCAAUCAGACGAUCGAUCUCGGAAGCGUAGCAACCAAAUUGCUCGUGAACUAUCGGAUUUAGUUAUCUACAUUCAAGCAAUAAAAUAUCGAGGACUCAACCCUUACAGCCCUCACAAUUCAAUGCGUGCCAAUCCGAGACAGCAGCUCAAAACCAGCGGUAGUGUAGUUACGGUUGGGAGCAUUUUGAAAAACAGUUCGGGAGACACACUAAGCCUUCCAUCGUCUAGCCAUUUAUCGGAUAAUCUGUCACUCAGUUACGACACAUCAAGUAUUAGUGGCAGUGAAAGUCAUCUACCAGCUCCUGCACGAACAAGAAGUAUGCCAAAUGCUAACCAUCCAUGUUACCAAUGUUCAUCACUGAACGAGGCAAGCGCUAAGAAAUUAUGCAGAAAAGAUCCUUUGGGAUUGAUUGCCCAUACCGAAACCCAAUUGAUGAGAACCUACCCAGCGGGAUUGAGAAUUGAUUCAUCUAAUUUUAAUCCUGUAUUCUUUUGGUCUUUCGGUUUUCAAAUGGUUGCUCUCAAUUAUCAAACAGAAGAUAUGCCUAUGCAUAUUAAUAAAGCUAUGUUUGAAGAAAAUAAUAGCUGUGGUUAUGUUCGUAAACCGGAUGUUCUAUGGAAUAGAUCUCAUCUAAUGUACCGACGGUUUAAUCCUUUGGAAAAAGAAUUCGAUGGAUUGCAUGUAACGCAACUUGUAAUUAACGUAGUCUCUGGUCAAUAUUUAAGCCAUGCCACUAGUGGCACUGUUAUUCAUGUUGAAAUUGAGCUUCUAGGAAUUCCUAUUGAUUGUGGAAGACGACGGACGAAACCGGUCAAGCAUAAUUUAUUCAACCCAGUUUGGAACGAGACUUUUUUCUUCAAAAUAAUGUUUCACGAUCUAGCGUUCCUUAAAUUUACCGUUUAUGAAUCAGAAUCAGUAGUUGUAGCGCAACGUGUGAUAUCACUCAAAUGCUUUAGGCCUGGUUACCGACAUGUACGACUGCGGUCUCCCAUCAACCAGCCCUUGAAUAUGGCAUCUUUAUUUGUUUACACCCGAGUUGAGGAAGAAGGCUUAGAUAGAUCGUAUGGAGAAAUUGAUGAACAAUAUCUUCAACAGCUAAGAACCGCGAACCGAAAAGAACAAUUCGACGAUAAUGAGCCAAUUCUGGAAAGCAAAGUUCCUUUACUAAAGCGCAAAACUUUUUUUUGUACUAUUUACGACGCAGUACCUAAUAAUCCAUUUACAAUUCUCAAAAUUACUCAAGAAUGCACAACGAAAGAUGUUCUCAUGAUGGUUUUGCAGAAAAUGCGCAAACCGAGAACUGAUAUUGCCAACUAUAUAUUGAUAGAAGAAGUGUAUACAGGAUGGGAAAAGAAGGACAAACGAUAUCCACCAACGCAGAGAGUAUUGGAUAUGGUUGAAAAACCUUUGCAAGCUCAGGCCAGCUGGAAAGGUGAUGGCAGGUUUAUACUGAAACGGAUUGGCAACGACCCAAGCAGUCGAGCUUGGGUAACUUCGAUUCGCCGAACAGCAGAUGCCAGACGAGCCUCGAUUGCAACCGCUACGGCGAAUGAUGAAACAUCAGGUGAACAACGUCCUGUCUCUAGAGCAGAUGAUCCAUUGGCUUUAGAGAAUGUGGAUAAUUUUCUUGUUUGCGUCUUUAACGUGUCGCACGACAUACCGUAUGCAAUUCUCCGAGUACCAAUCAAAUCUACUGCGCAAGAUGUUCUUGCUCAAGCUCUAUUGAAAGCGCGUCGCCUUGAUAACCCCAACAAUUUUGUGCUAGUUGAAGAACUAAAUUACAGCAACAAAAGCAAUGAUACAAUGCAGCGAAUUCUGUUAGAUGAUGAAAAUGUCUAUACAACGCAAGCGAAUUGGAAAUCGAUCGGACGAUUUGUCAUUCAUGAGCGAAGUCAGCUUACACCUUCAACGAUCCGUAAAACAAUACUGCCGAUCGAAAAAAUCAGUAGAGGUUUCAGUAUCAGUCGAGGAUCGUCAUCAUCGUCAACUUCGGUGCACUCUUUGGCCUCAAAGUCACCUAUCCAGGUCGCACUCAGCGAUCCAACGACGUCCAGAAUCAAAUGUCGCUCCGCUGAUGCGACCGCUCUGGGGACAAAACCGAAGCACUCCCGAAAUUCUGCAUCUGGAGUGUCUGGAAGUGGGGGGUCUGGUGGACGACAUAAAUAUAGUUCGGAGAAAGACACUUCAUUUUCAAGCACCAGCAGCAGCAGUAACGCUACAUCAAAGUCCGGCAAUCGUCGGGAAGUGCACUCUGAGGGUGAAACACUCAGUGACGACGAAUCUAAAGAGCAUGACAUCUUGUCAACAAUGUCACGCUUCAAACGAAUGUCUAUUAAAAAGUUAAAAUCUUGGAAAUCGUAAUUUCAGAAGCUUGUUUGGUAGACCAUGUCUUCAAUUUUUAUAAAAUCAUUUGAAUUUUAAAUUUUUGUUGUUAGGAAAGUUUGAAAUAAAUUUCCUUAGUGUAAAUUUGACGCUCGCGAUUGAGAAUGUUUUCUAUGUGUAAAAAAAGAAAACUUUCGGAUUAUCAGUUGAUUCAUACAAAUAGGUAAUUAUUUAUCGAGCGUCUCGCUAAAGUAUGAAACUUACAUAUACGUCAAUUUUUUUUUAUCUUUCACCUUUUUUAUCCUAUUUGAUUUGUUUACAGAGAACAUGCAGUCUGCUACUAAUUGUUAUUAAAAUGUUGACCCGAUUUGCUGACGAAGCCUAAAAAUUGUGUGAAAAUUCACCAAAUGUUGGAAGUUAAAAUAUACGCCUGGUAUAUUUUCAUUUGAUUCUAGUUAAUCUUCUAGGGUCCUGUUUGCAAACGAAUCAAAUGUUGUCGCAAGUUUCGUGGUAAAGGACUUACAUUAUCUUUUUCAAUCCUCUUUCAAACAAGUAUUUAGCGUGAUUCUGAUUUUCCCUUCAUUGAUUUACAAGUCUAACAGCUAUAGAGCCAUCAUAUAUUUGUGCUGACCUUUCUAGAAUUGAGAUUUCUUAGAACUAUCAAUAAUCAACUACUUCGAAUAAUAGCGUUGGCCUUACAUUUCAAUUGGAGUCAUGCAUGCUUUCAACAAAUUCGAGUAAUUUCAUUUUAUGACAUUUAUACAACAUAUCACUAACACAGCAUUCAGCUUUUAACAAUUUUGAUCAAAAUUAGCUGAGCUCAUCUAGAGAAAGCUUUAAGGAAUAUUUUAAAACUACUGUACUUGUGAAUGUAUAUGCUUUUUUGUUUGACCAUAAUUUGACAAAAUCUAGUCAUUUUUUGAUAGUUCUUAACGUGAAGCCAAGCUUUUUAAUUGUUCGCUGAAAUGUUUAUUACGUUAUUUAUUGUUAAGAAGCUUAACUUGUGGAAGUGCACUCAACGAAACGCACGCAUGUAUGGAUGGAAAGGACAAAUACCUAAAGAUAAAUAGAAAGUCAUCCGAAUAAACACAUUAAAAAUACUAGAAAAUAUGACAAAGGCAAAACUAUGUGAUAACUAUAAAUAAUUAUGGAUAAAGAAUCAGAUUGACUCUUUCUUUUGUUUUUAUUUUUUUAUAUUCUAUACAGUUGGAGUAGCAAACUAGAAAACCCCAACACAUUUCACAUACACAGUAUCUGAACAUCCCUCCACAAUUUCACUUCACCUAAUGAAAAACUUUAUAAAAGUUUGCAAUAAAAGAGAAACAAAUAUACACUAUCUGCAAACUCAUCCUAUUCAAAUCUUCGAAAACAAUCAUAUCCAAAUCAUUAUUACCAGCCAAAUAAUGAAAAACGGCAGCCAACCAAAUGUAAUUUUAUAUCAAAAAUUUCACAUUUUAAUGUUGUUGAUUGAACCAAACCAACUAAAUAGAGAACAGUCAUAAAUAGUCACAGUUGGGAGCCAAAUUUACGCUUCAUGUUAAUUCUAUUUCAUAACACAUACACGAAUCAUCUCCGCAUCAGAAACGUCAGAAUGAAAACAUCAAGUUGCGAAAUAGAAACAUUAUAUUCUUGAUGUUUAUGAGUGUCAAUCUGAAAUUUUUACGAACAUUUUUGAAUUAUAAAAGAGAGAAAUUAAGAAGUUAGAAUGAAAAUAGAACAAAAAUACAACCACAAAAUCGCGAAACAGAGAUAGACACAACAGUGUAAAUAUUGUAAGAAAAUCCAUUGAGGGAAAUUUUUUUUAUAAAAUGUUUUCUUUUUUAUCAUGAAAUCGCCGCUAAUAAAUGUGAGACAGCUACUCUAUCAAAACUAUAUUGACAAAAUGGAGCAUGUUGAUAACAGAGUUAUUGCUAUGAACGACAACACUAUUUUUACUAUAGGCAUUCAUCCACCAUCAAUCCGAGUUUGUAAAAAUCUAGAAAGUAUUUAUUAGCAUCAUAACACUUUGUAAUUAUGCAAUUUCUGCUGUAAUUCAGAUAACCCUUCACGAAAAGCUCAGAUAUACAGUGCUAGUAUAUUUUUAGCACUCGAGCCAUUAUUUUAAUUUCAUUUAGGGUAAAUGUUCCGGUUCCUAUCAAAUGUAAAGGAAUAAGUAGCGAAUUAUUGCUGCUGCCGCAAGUUUAACUGUCUCAUAUUAAUAUGUAUUUCAUAUAAAUAUGGGACAGUUAUGCUUGCGACGGCAGAUUACUUCUUGCAAAUUUCACAGCAUUGAGAAGCACAUAUGUCAGAACCAAUGAGGUUGGUGCCUUAUUCACUUGUUUUGACAUAACAUAAACGAGCAUAACACGAAAAAUGGAAUAGUUACCCUAGUGCCAUUAUAGACCAGUGUAUAAAUUCAUAUUGAUUAAUGGACCGAUUAUAUGAUUGGUAGAAUGUAUAUACAUCGCCGAAUAAUUUAAGAAAGCAUGCAACAUAUUAUCAUUGUAUAUCAGAUAUUUGAAGUGCUUCAUGCCAAUAUCAUAUACAUUAUAUUCACAAUACAAUAAAAAUAAAAAGUCAUAAAAAAAACAACGGCGACCUUCAACAACAUCUAAGAACAAUUUGAGAAGAAGUAAUAUUCGACAAAGUAAGUCUACUUUUACAAAAAAAGCAAAUUUCUCAUUUCAGGGUAUUGUCACUCGAAAGUGAAGAGAGAAGUUACAAUUCUGCUGUAAAUACAGUGUGAUUAGGGUUGGUUUUCAGUAGAGUAAAUGUACAUUAAAUCGAAACGCAAGCUUUAAAUUGCCAAACUUUGAUUUUAAUCAAAGAGUAUCCAUAACUAUUAGUAAAUUUCGGGUUGAACUUUUCAUUUUUCUAGCGGACACCCCUGCCCCUUAACUUUGUAAAACAAAAAAAAAAGGCUGGCACGCACGAUGCUGAUUCCAUAAGAUAUUUUUCAACAUAACUUUUUUAAUUUUUGACGUACAUCAUAUUCAGAGGUUCACAACUCCAGUCUAUUCGAUAUGCUGCCAUUGCGUUAUAUUUUUAAGCGUGUAAAUGAUAACAGUUUUUGUGGUUUGCAGUUUUAAAUAUUUUUUUUACAUUUUUUUUAAUCAUCAUUAUUUUCUUUGAAUCAAAAGCAAACUAAAAAAAAAUCACCAGCAUCAAUUGAGUGUUCCAUCAUUUUACUUUUAAAGAAAAUAAACGUAAUUUGAGAACAUUAAAAAAGCUUAUAAUUUUAGAAACACUGACAAGCAACCCUAAUCACCCUGUACAUAUUUGUUCCUGGAAACAUUAUUGGUUCAAUCGCUUUCUUAGUAAUAUUACAUUAAUUUGUAUUUGAAGGUUCUUUUGUUCUCAAUAGAGAAAGAGAUAGAGAAAGUCAUCGUUAAGUGGUUGAAUCUUAGUUUUGGAACAGCAACUUUAUAUCUUAUAAAGAUACUCGAUAAGUUCGAAAUCAGGAUGCAUUAUCUGAUCAAUUCUAAUUAAGAUUGGACUAUCUUGCAAAACAGAUUAUGUCCGACCGCAGUUAGCUUUCAUUUUCAAAAUAAGAUGUAGCUAUGAUCAUCGAUGAUUCAAUUGAAAGGACGGAUCGUAUUGUCAAUAAAAUGUAUAAGUUAUUGAUAAAAUAUGAAUAAUAUAAUUAUUAUGUGAAUCACAGCAGAUAAUUAGUUAAACUAUCAAAAUGGCUUAUUCACAUUAAAGAGAAAAAAAAACUAAACUAACAAUUUUGGAAAAAAAACCAAAACUAAUAAGAUAUUAAAAGUAUGAAAAAUAAAACAAUGUUAACUUUUCGUAGCAAAUUUGACGUA